ACGCUCUGGUCGCAUCGCAUCGCAGCCAGCCAGCCCCACGCCGCCGCCGCCGCCGCCGCCGCCAUGGACAUCAACUCGCUGCUGUCGCCGUCCGACUCGCCUGCGGGCACCCCUACACCCCAGCCCGCGCCGCCGCCCGCCGCGUUGUCGCCAUCUCUGCUGCGCUCGCCGGGCAAGCGCACGAGGCGCCAGAUGCCAUCGCGCACUCCCUCCGGCCUCAGCCAGCACGUCAUGUCGUCGCCCGCGCCGCCGCCCCAGCAUGUGCAUUCACGCGGCCCGUCGCCCGCCUUCUCGCACGCUGCGAACGGCGCACGCCCGAUACACAGCGCCAUGGGCACGCCCCAGCACGUCUCGUCGCCCCACGAGUCGCGCGUGACGCCGCCGAAUCCCAUGUACCGCCAGACGUCGACGCCCGGCAUGGACACUCUCGCAGACCUUGCUAGCAUGCAGCAUCAGCAGGCUGCGCGCCAGAGCUCGGGCGUCCACCAGCGCCCAGUAACACUGCAACACCUCGGCCAGAACCUCUCGGGCGAGUCGGUCGCCAGCAUCAUGUCCGAGGCCUCGCCGCGACCGCGCAAUUUCGUCACACGGUCCCUGGAGCCGCAGCUCAUUGACUGGCUCAACCAGCUCGACAAGACGCUGCUGGAAAACCCCUUUGACUACUACAGCCACGUCUCGCUCGUCACCACGCUGCACCAAGGCCUGCAGAACCACCUCACGUCUUUUGACGCCGACCCCAACGCAUACGAGCUCGUCCAGACACUGCGCGAUGCCUACAAGACCAUGUCGGACAAGUACCCGCUGGGCGAGCUGCUGUGGCACUACCGACUGAACGACGAAAAGACGCUGGCAAGAGACGUCGAGGAGCGAAUGGGCGUGCUGGAGCUGCACAAGCAGGCCACCCAGGAAGAGCCCUACAGCGCCAAGCUGUGGGCAGCGUACGGCGAACAUGUGAGCUAUCUAGUCGCUUGCUCGUGGGAGCAGGUGCCGCCAGAAGAGUGGCCUGAAGAAGAGCGCCUUAUUGGCCGGGAGCUAUUUCAGCCUCAACACUUGUUAGAUGUAUUGCAGCAGGGCGCCGAGCGCGUCAAAUACAAUCUCCAAGAGAGUAACCUGGUGUGGGAUCGCUACCUGCAAGUGCUAGAAGAAGACCUUGAGCGCGGCGGCUUCAGUCAAGAAAAGGCCAAGAGAGUAGCUGCCAUUUACAACGAGCGUCUGGGCCAGCCCCAUGCUACAUGGGCAAACACGCUGUCGAGAUACUCGUCCUUUAACUCUAGGUACAACCAGAGCCACUACGAACAGGUCAUGGAUGAUGCCGUGCAGAAAAACACGCACAUUAAGCAGCAGUACGCCAAUCGCGAGGAAUAUGAGUUUAAGCUUCUGCAGGCCAUCCAGGCAGGCGAUCAGGCCGCCGAGUACAGCGCCAUGACCCGGUACCUCAAGUGGGAGAAGCGGACCAUGGGUGUCUACAGCUUCCACCUCGUCAAUGCGCUCUAUGAACGGGCCACACUGCGUUUUCCCGUCGAUCCAUCGCUGUGGGAAGACCACGUCGAGUUCCUGGUCUGGCAAGACAAUCGUUCUGUUGACCUGCUAAAUGUCCUGGAACGCGCGACGCGCCAUUGCCCAUGGUCCGGAGCGCUAUGGUCCCACCGGUUACUUACGCUCGAAGCCGAGAACAAGCCAUUCGAGGACCUCGAACUCGUCAAACACACCGCGACUGGAUCGGGCCUGCUGGAACACACAGACUUGGAUGAGCUCAUCAAGGUACAGCUUGCCUGGUGUGGCUACUUGCGCCGGAGGGCAUUCAACGACCCCCGAGCAACAGAGGACGACGUGGAUGUGGCAGAGGUUGGCAUCCGGUCUGCACUAGAGUUUGUCCGCGAAGUCGGCAUGAAGAAGCACGGCAGGGAAUGGACCGACCCGAAAUACCGGCUUGAGCGUACCCAUGUCAAGUUCUGGCUGCAGCGAGGCGACAUUGAUCAAGCUCGGCAGAUCCACGAGUCAGUCGCAAAACACCAAGAAGACUCGUAUGACUUUUGGUAUCGCUACUACAUAUUUGAGAUGCUGAUCUGGGCGCCGCAUUCGGCUCGAAACAAGCAGAAUGCAGGGCACCAGCUUCUGCCGCCUACUCUUGCGACAGCAGUCUUGGAGCGCGCCAUGAAGCGCCUGCACACCAUCGAUCACCCAGAACCGCUUAUCGAAAUGUACGUCAACCAUUGCGAGCAGCACGAGACGGCUCUCAAGGUGCGAAGUGCUGCCAUGGAGGGACGGAGAGCUGAGCGCAUCGUUUCGGUUCGCAGAGAAAAGGAAUGUGCACACGCCGCCGCGACAGCUGUGCCACAAGACACGCCAGACAGCCAGGCGGCAGAUGCUUCAGGCAAGCGCAAGCGGGAAGACGGCGAUGAAGAGGCAGUCUUGAAAAAGAGCAAGCACAGGGACGCAGAGGCUCCCAAGACUGUGGUCAACGGCGAGGCUAGAGUGGCUAGCGAGGCACCCUCCGAGGCUCGCUCCGCAGGACCCAAACGAGACCGCGAGCAUACUUCGAUUAUCGUCAAGAAGCUACCUGCCAACACGCCACAAAACCGGAUACGCCAGUUCUUCACUGAUGCCGGCACUGUGCGGAACCUGGUACUGAAGGAAGAAAAGGAUAGCCUAACAGCUGUUGUUGAGUUUGAGACUCCAGAGGAAGCUGACUAUGCGUUGACCAAAGAGGCCAAGGGCUUUGACGGCCACGAGAUUUCGAUUGAGCGGGGCCAGAGCACAACGCUAUACGUCACAAACUAUCCCGCCCAUGCUGACGAAGCAUGGCUGAGAAAGCUCUACUGUCCAUUCGGAGAGAUUGUCGGCAUCCGGUUCCCGUCUCUCAAAUAUGACGCACACCGCCGUUUUUGCUACGUACAGUUUGCCUCGGCCGAAGCAGCCAUUGCGGCAACACAACUAGAUGGUACCGACGUUGAGGGCUUGAAGCUCGUCUCGAAGAUUUCCGAUCCCAAUGCUAAGAAGAAACGUGACAACGCAACUGCCGAGGGCCGCGAAUUAUACAUCUGGCAUCUCAGUUUCAAGGUCAAGGAGCGUGAAGUCCGAGAGACGUUUGCCAAAUUUGGCAAAAUCGAGAGGAUAAAAUGUCCCAUUAUCAAGCCGACGGGCAACAACCGUGGAUUCUGCUACAUUGUCUAUGAGGACAAGGCGAGUGCCGAUGCCGCUGUGGCGGAGAUGCACGAGAACGAGUUUCAUGGUUUCAAACUCAUGGUUGAGAUUGCAACUGAUCGACCUGCUACCAAGCCCAAGACGCAGUCGACUCUGGAGAACCCGGCAGCAUCAAGUUCUGCACAGGGCGACGCACCUUCCGAAGCGGCCAUUAAGCCUGCAUCUUUCAUGGACCGAUCUAUCGCCAUUCUCAACCUUCCCGAUACCGUUCCCGACGUGCGUAUCAAGCCGCUCGUCGAGGAAUACGGCUUCAAGAAGAUCAAGCUUGAACCCCACCACGGCGGUGCUAUUAUCGAAUUCACGACUAUCGAAGGAGCCGGCAAGGCCCAGUUUGCACUUGAAGGAAAGGAAUUCGAGGGAAGGAAACUCCGCAUUGGAACAAUUCAGGAUCUCAACAAACAAAAGGGAGAGUGGAGGCCAAGCACCAGUUUUGUCCAGCCCAACCGCGUCAGUCGCCCCACUGCUCCCCGCGGCGGUCGCGGACGAGGCAAGCCUGGUCUCGGACGGCCCAUGAUUCCCAAGAGCGCUCUCGCGGGCCCGGUCGAGCCAAAGAGCAACGCAGACUUUCGCGCGCAGUUCCUAAAGGAGCCUGCCAAGGACGACUCCUCUACCAAGGACACUGACAAGAUGGAAGAGUAAUGGCAGGAGGAAGGCGGAUUUGAGGUUGUAUGUAGGCAUUGUCGGAAUUGUAGGGAAGCCAAACCAAGGUCAAAGGAACUGGAACUGGAACUGGAUUGGUGUUUUUUUUCCGGUUGUGCAUAUUAUGG